AUGCGUAACGAUAAGAUAUCCCUAUACUCACCGGACUACUAUUUGGCUUGCACCGUGGGUGGAGCCCUAGCAUGUGCACCAACACACGGUGGAAUAACACCACUGGAUCUUGUUAAAUGCCGUCGUCAAGUCAAUUCUUCAUUAUACUCCUCUAAUUGGAAAGGAAUCACCAGCAUUAUCAAAAAUGAGGGAUUCCCCGCUCUCUACACUGGUGUCUUACCCACGUUUAUUGGAUAUGGUCUUCAAGGAGCUGCCAAGUAUGGUGGUUAUGAGUACUUCAAAAAACAGUACACUGAUUUGAAUGGAGGCAAGGCAAACACUUUCACCUUCCUUGCAGCUAGUGCUACAGCUGAGUUUAUUGCUGAUAUUUUCCUGUGUCCCUUGGAAGCCAUGAAGGUGAAAAUUCAGACUACUCUACCACCGGAUAAGCCCAAUCUUAGAGAGUUGAGCCUGUAUAAAGGGCUGGUUCCCCUAUGGUGCAGACAAAUCCCCUAUACCAUGGUCAAGUUCACCAGUUUUGAGAAAAUUGUGGAUCUUAUCUAUAGCAAGGCUAUCAAAAAGCCAAAGGACCAGCUGUCGAAUUUGCAACAGACAGCAGUGUCAUUCACGGGAGGGUACAUUGCAGGUAUUUUCUGUGCUGCAGUAUCCCAUCCAGCUGACGUGAUGGUGAGUCUAAUGAACAACAAUAAAGAAGGACUCAGUGUUGCCCAAUUGUACCAAAAGAUAGGUUUCAGCGGUCUUUGGAACGGUCUAGGCAUCAGAAUCGUCAUGAUCGGAACCCUGACCGGAUUCCAAUGGCUGAUCUAUGACUCAUUUAAGGUUUAUUCAGGGCUCCCUACGACAGGAGGUCAUUAA